ACUGAUUUAUUAUUUUAAGAUUCAUCCUGAUAAUAAAUAAAUUUCUUCUCUCUUUUCCUAGUAAUAAACUUCCAAGCAAAACAUGCUGAAUGGAGAUCUUUCUGGACUUGAAGUCCAUGUCUAUAUACAGAAUAGAAAUGCUCAGCUAUGGGCUGUCCAAAAUAAUUGAAUGGUGGCACAACAUAAUGGCAGAAGAAGUGAAGCUUUUCAAGACAUGGUCAAGCCCAUUUGGUUUAAGGAUUGUCUGGGCAUUGGAGCUUAAGGGCAUCCUAUAUGAAUCAAUAGAUGAAGACCUUACCAAUAAAAGCCCUUUACUUCUUCAAUACAACCCCGUCUACAAAAAGAUUCCAGUGCUUGUGCAUAAUGGACGACCUAUUGUAGAGUCACUUAGAAUUCUUGAAUACAUUGAUGAGACAUGGAAGCAGAAUCCCUUACUGCCGGAAGAUCCUCACAAGAGAGCCACUGCUCGAUUCUGGGCAAAAUUUGGCGAUGACAAGGCCAUGUCGUCACUGUGGCCAAUAUUAACCAAGCAAGGAAAGGAGCGAGAAGAAGCUUUAGUUCAGGCCACUGAGAACCUGAAAUUCUUAGAGGAAGAACUAAAAGGAAAGAGAUUCUUUGGUGGAGAAGAGAUUGGAUUUGUUGACAUUGCACUGGGUUGGCUUGCCAACCUGGUCCUUGUAGUGGAAGAGAUACUUGGUUUUAAAGUGAUAGAUAAAGCAGGAUUUCCAUUUUUAUCAGAAUGGAUGCUAGAGUUUUCAAGUGUUCCUGCAAUUAAAGAAAACUUGCCUCUUCAUGACAAGAUGGUUGCCAGGUUUCGCACCUACCUCGCAGCAGCACUUGACAAAUGAAACUGUUCAUCGUAGGCAUUGACAAAGUAAUUAAAUCAUUUGAACUCAUCCGAAAAUAAGCUCAAGUGCCACCAUGAUGUCUUUGGCUAAACUUUGCAACCUUGUGCUUUAUGCUAGCACAGCCAAACGAACUCCACGUCAUGAGAUAAUCAAUGCCAAUGCAAUCUACUUUCUUGUUCUCGUUCAUUUAUCAAGAAACAUAUUGUCGUUUCACGGUA